AUGGAUGAUGAAAAUAAUGUUAAAUUCACUGCUCAAGAUUUAUAUGAUAAGAAAGCAGACAAAACAGAGCUUCAAACAUUAAAGACUGAAAUACUUCAAACAUUAUAUCCUAUAGGCUCUAUUUAUACGUCAAUGAAUUCAACAAAUCCAGAAACAGUUUUAGGUUUUGGUACGUGGAAGCAGAUUGUAGAUAAAUUCUUAUACUGUGCUAGAUAUUCAAAGCAAACAGGAGGUUCGAAGAAAAUUAAAGAAGCAAACCUUCCACCGCACACUCAUACAGGAACUACAAACUUUUCUGGCGACCAUAGCCACUCAUUAAGAGACCACCCAUUAUACAACUCAGACUAUGAAGCAGGCAAUGACGUUUUAUCUCCAUCUUAUAACAAUGCAGCAAAAAAGAUUUUUCGACCAACUGAACCAGGAGGAAAUCAUUCACACACUUUCACAACAAAUCCAACAGGCUCGGGUGCAGAUUAUAUGCCACCAUUUGUGACUGUAUUCGCAUGGUACCGCGUUCAUUGA